AAUAUUGAUUUAUACAAAAGUAAGACUAAAGGGAAAAGGACAGAAAGAUGGGAUUCAGUUGUUAAAACUCAUAGUGAAGGACAAAAGACAUGGUACGUAAUUAUUAAACAUUUAUGCCCUUUCAUAAUAUGUCAUAUGUUUUAUAAAAAAAACUCUUAUCUUUAUUUUAAAUGAAUUAUGUUGAACUUUUAUACAAUCUAUAGUGAUAUUUGACCUUUUGAAUGUUUGGCAUGAUAUUGGAGUUCUGAGAACCAAGUUUCAGCAAACCAGCUGCAAGCUGCAAAUGAAAACAACAACCAAUGGGGAGAACUUGUAACAAGUAACAACAUAUAUAUAUAUAUAUAUAUAUAAAAUACAUAUGUUAAGAAUUGGGAGAAUUUUCAUUGGAGAUGGUCUUAUGGACUUUAAACGCAUACAAAGAUCUUAAUAUUAAAAUGUGAAAUAUUCAACGAUGUUAUCGCCGGUAGAUUUAUUGUCUACAAGCUAGUAUAUAUUAUCACUCAUCAUAACAGAAAUACAGAUUGAGAUCUUAGGAAAAGAAUCUUUAUUAAUCAAAAUUUGACUCAAAGCCUGUUUUGCGCAUACUUACGUACAUUUAUAUUUUUAUACUAUAUUAUUUGUUGGUUCUUAGAUUGGUAUGGACGUUGAGUUAUUUAUUAUUGACAUGAUAAUGUGAGGGUUAGCCAAGCUGUGUUAGAGUAUGUUUCCUUCCGUUGAACAGAUGGAAGAAGUGAGCAUUAAAACAUGUGAGAGUGGGGCAGGGCAGGUAACUGUCCUUUAUACAAUAAGAAGAAGUGGGUAUUUGCAUUAGAUUUCUGACAUCUUACCCACACUUAACACUCAUAUUACUUUUCAAAUAUUUAUGGUAACAAAUGGGCAAUGAUUGCGAGGCUUUUUCCUGGUAGGACUGAUAAUUCCGUCAAGAACCAUUGGCAUGUUAUCAUGGCUCGUAAGUAUAGAGAACACUCCUCUGCUUACCGUAGGAGGAAGCUUAUGAUUAAUAAUCCACUUAAACCUCAUCUUCCUAAUCACCGUAGCCCUAAUUGCCCCUCUUUUAUCUCCACUAAGCAUUACUUUACACGGCCUUUCCACGAGUUUAAUUUGACUCACCACCUGGUUAAUCAUGCGACUAUGACGGCUGACCAAAAUCAUCUUGUGUUGCCUUUCCAUUGCUUUCAAGGUUAUGAGAGCACUGAGGCUCCAACGGUCGUGAGUAUGUUUGGCAAUCAAAUGAUGAUCGAGGAUAAUGUUGGUGCCACGUCAGAAGCGUUAUAUAAUUUUCCGUACGUUGACUCAAUGAGCCAAGAGAAAGGAGUGCCAAAUGAAGCAAUGAAUUUGAUUGGAAUGGAAGUGGUAGAUGAGGAAGUGGCGGAAUUAAAAGGCAAAGCAGCAACCACAUUUUUUUGAUUUUCUUGGCUUGGGGACGGCAUGAAUCUUGAACUAAGUGUAGUUCUAAUGCGUUAAUAACAGUGUUAAUUUGGUUACAGAAAAGCAAGAAGUUAUCUCUAUUAGCAAGAAAGCAAACAAACCAAGAUCCAUGUCCGUGUCCUUGUGUUUGCGUUAAUUAGCAAACUGUAGAUUAUUGUUGUCGCUUGUCGGCUGUCUAGUGGAACAAUUGAUAAACUCUUGGCAUUACUAACUAAUAUGUUUAUGAACUAAGGGGACUGUCGUAAGAAAAGGUAAAAUAUUUGGGAAGAAGAGAUGUAAAAACGUGUUAAAGAUGUGUGAUGAGUAAAAAAACAAUGAGAGAGAGAUUGAUAGAGAAAGAGAAGGGAAAUUAAAAGAGUUGGAGAAAGAGACGAAGAUGCGUAUAAAGAGAUGAUGAGCUGCCAAAGAUUGAGGCAGAGAUUGUGCAACAGAAAGGCCAAACAUGAAACAUGCUCACCAAAUCUCUCACACACAUUGCAUUCGUUUCUUCCCUCCAACCCGUUUCUCCAACUCUUUACCUAUCUGUCUCUCUCAUAUCACGCGGACCCACAUGCUUCUUUUCCUCUUUUGUAUAUAUAUUUUUACGUUGUAGACAUAAAAGAAUUUGCAUUUUUGGGAGUAAAAUUUGUUUUGGUUUUGAAUAUUGGUUAUUUUAGUAUAUAUCGUAGAGGUAAAUGUAGGAGUUUUGUUAGGUUUUUAAAUAAGUUGCAGAUUAUAGAAAAUUAAGGUUUCAAGUCCCGAAAAAAACGAUUUAUUAAACAAUUAUGCAGAAUACGGAAGAAAGGCUUACAAGGGAUUUUCAACAUGGUGUAAGUAAAUCUUGUCAGACGUGGAUCUUCAUAGAACGCUCAAAUGAUGCAGUUAGACGUAGGUCUUCAUAAGGCAUGUAAUAUUUUCGGUUGUCGAAUCGUUUAUGUAAUCUUUCUCAUAUCAUAAGUGUAAGAUCAUAAUAAAUCAAUGCUAAAAAUAAUAAAUAAGUUGACAAAAAUGGUAAAAACGUUAUAUUUACCAUGCUAAUUAAUCUAUACUAUUAUUUAUGAAGUGAUUUAGCUUAUUUGUCAUGAUUUUCAUG